UGACGAUACUUCACCUUUCUCAUUCCUCAGACUCCAACCCACUUUGAUUCUGAAAGAUUUGACUGUUGUUUCCGGUCAGUCAGCUUGCCGAAGCAGUCAGAUUUCCGUCAUACUACUCAGAAUAAAAAUGGCAUCAGGAGAUGAGCUUCCAUCCCAUCUCACUGUCGAUACCCCCAACGUUCAAAUUCUUAACUCUGAGACCUCAAAAAGACUCGUCGAAAAUUUUGUAAUCGCUCUCAUGAACAAGGAGCGUUUCUACAUCCGCACAUUCUUUUCGACAUACAAAGCAUAUACCACUGCUGAAAGUGUGUUGUACAUCCUCCUGGACAAAUAUGGAAGCUUUGACACCUCAGAGGCAGAAGAGAUUCCAGUAAUCGAUUCAGUGAGCACAAACAGCGGGAACAAUGCUAACAUUCCGAGCUGUGAGGAGCUUGAAAAUCCAAUUCCUCCAGAGACAGUUCUUCCCCCCAGCUACUCUUCCAGACUCAGUCACAAUCACUUGUAUACCACCAGUUAA